AUGGCUGCCAAGGUCGCUCUUCUACUUCUACUCUGCCUAUAUGGAAGUCUUGCUGCAUUGGCCUCUGCUCACGACACCGGUGUACCAAGUCAUAGGCAUGGGCCGCACUUUGAGGAAUGGUGCAAGCCAAGCGAGGCGUGCAGCGUCAACGCCACCAUGGCGGGCACCAUCAAGUUGAAAGACAGGGAUUUCAACUUCCUCUGCGACUCAUUUGUCGACAUCAAGGCCGUCAUGGGACCGGCUGCCGGUCCAGUCGCGUGUGCCGAAGCAUGCGUGCAGAACAGCGACUGCAUGGGCGCCGGCUGGGACACCACCCGCGCGUGCUCGUGCUACCACUACGUCACCAAGCAUCGUCAGGGCGCCAUGUGGAUGAAUCCCAUCCUGUACGAGGAGCAGACCUCGGACAUUGCCGGCACGCCCCCGGCCACCGUCGGGCCUUCGACCGCGGCCACCAGCACCGCCGCCGACGCCGCGACGCACCCGCCCUACAUGGACGCGCUCGGCUCCGCGCUCUCCAGCGUGUCUUCCAGCCUCGAGGCCGCCGCCCAGGCGUCCUGCACCUCGCAGCUGUCCUCGUCCGCCCAGGUCGCGGAGACGUCGUGCCAGGCGCGCGUCACCUCGGAGCUGGCCGGCUCCGUGGCCGCCAUCUCGAGCGCGGCGGCCACGUCGUGCCGGGCGCGCAUCACGUCCGAGGUGGCGGGCUCGGCCGCGUGCGAGGCGCGCGUGUCCACGGCGGCGGCCAACGCGGCCUCGAGCGCCUCCUCGAGCGUCCAGGGCGCCGACAGGGCGUCGUGCAACGCCGCCAUGGCCGCUGCCCAGGCAUCCGCCCAGACGUCCUGCGACGCCCGCGUGGCCUCGACCGUGUCGAGUGUCGCGACCAGCGCGGCCUCGGCGCUGACGGGCGCGGUGGCCAGCGCCCAGGCGGCGGCGUCGACGUCGUGCAACUCGGCCAUCACCGCGACGGCGGAGUCGGCCAGGGCCUCGGCCGACGUGGCCUGUCGGGAGACGGCGGUGCCCAGUGCGGUGGCGUCGGUGCAGACGUCCUGCUCGACCCAGAUUGCCUCGUUAGCCAGCGUGGCAUCGUCCUGGUCUAGCAAGUGCAGCAAGUGA